CAAGGAGCAUGAGAUCGCUUCUACAGGCGAUCGCACUGCUCUGUGUUGUCUUCUUGUUUGUAGCUGGCUUCGGGUUCUUCCAUUACGGUAACGACCUAUCGCAGAUCAAACCCAUCGUCACUGGCAUACUCAAUCCGUCGUCAACAGAAGUAAAACCGAGCGCCGUACCUGAGGCAGCUCACCCAGUCACCCCAUCAGACAAAGGCAAUGCUACUCUCAUCGCACAGACGCCACCAUACCUGCAUGCGAUCCUAAAUCCGUCAGAUUCGACAUUUCCUCGUCUUGAAUGUCCACAACCAAACCUCGAUCGCUAUGCCUACUUAGGAGGCUCAUCUGGAUCACUUCAGCACGCGCAACGUCCUAGAUACUUUUUUGCCCUUGAUCUACACCAAUGUGUUCAUCUUCUUCCACGGUUGAUUGGUUCUAUCGUAGAAACCAUGUACUUUCUUGGGCCACAGAACUGCGCGCUUUCCAUAGUCGAAGGAAGAUCCGAUGAUGGCACCUUUGAGGUACUCGAUCAGCUUCGCGCUAGCAUGCAGCUUCUCGGAAUUAGGUACUACUUCCAGUCCAGCGAUAUCAACCCGAUGGCCAAAGGGAAAGACCGUAUCGAAGGUCUUGCAAAGCUCCGCAACUUAGCCUUGAAAGAUCUCAUCGCACAUCCAGAACAUUACGACGAAGACACUACGGUGAUAUUCUCCAACGAUGUGGCUCUAUGUAUGGAAGAUCUCCUGGAGCUAAUACAUCAGCGCAAGUUUCAAGGGGCGGACCAAACGUGUGCCAUGGACUGGACGUACGUUGGCGACAAUCCAACAUUCUACGAUGUCUGGAUUGCACGUGGUAUGACAGGCGAUUUGUUCUUCAGAAUCCCGGAAGAUGGUAGUUGGGACUUUGCCUGGGACCUAUUCUGGAAUGACCAAAACGCUCAUGCGCGCUGGUCUAGUUCAAAACCUUUCCAGGUCUUUUCAUGCUGGAACGGUGUGACAGCCUUCACUGCGAGGCCUGUUAUGGAGAAGAAGAUCAGAUUUCGAGCACACAAGGAGGACGAAUGUUUUCAGGGUGAACCAAAAUUGUUCGCCAAGGACAUGUGGUUCAACGGCUACGGCAAGAUAGCUGUAGUCCCGAGCGUGAACGUGGAAUACAGUGAUGAGGCCGCAAAGAAGAUUAAGGCUCUGAAAGGAUACCCAUCUAAGCAUUUCGCGAAUGAAGGGGAUGAUGCCAAAAUCAAUUGGGAAACCUCGCCGCCGGAGAAGGUGAAAUGUAUGCCGGAUCAUCAACACCAGACCUUUGUGGCUUGGGACGAAGGAUUGCGGCCUUGAUGUUGUCAGAAGAUCGAAUGCCAAAUUCAAACACUACCUCUGGAACUAGGCACUACAUCCAGCAUAAAGCUACCGUCAUAGAUCUCAGCUGUUAGGCAUUGUAUCCGCCCAAGGCAUAGCGUUGGCACGCAGAGAGCAACGAUCUCUAUCAGAUGGAAUCGAGUCACUUGUUUGCAGCGCGAAACGCACAGCUCAGGUGUGUGUUAUGCAAACAAGUUAAGAUCGUUGGAAGGCGUGGCAGGCUAACCAGAAUGCUGUUGCUGGGUGAUUAUGUUGAUCCAAAUUACCAUCUAU